AUGAAACACCACAAUUCCCUGCCAUUCACUGAUUACAAGGAUUUAUACAGUGUCAUAGAUGCGACGCAACUUGGUGAUGUCCCCUGGCAGUGUUUUUCAGUUAAGCACACAGGAGAACGCCCUGAGGUUAUCCCACUGUGGAUGGAUAAAGAGUAUGAUGGUGAAAUUGACUAUGUGCCAUUCCAUGAGUAUGAUAUAUUGGACGACAAACGCCAAUGGAAAGACUUUAUGUCUAGAGACUGGGUGUGGCAACAGGCAGGAUGUCUUCGGUCUAUCAUCAUUGCUAGUGGUAUAUCUGUCGGACAUUCCAAGGAUGAGAUAUCAAAGGAUCCGGACAUGCAUGGAUCUGUGUUUGUCCCGAUUAUUCUCAGCAGUGACAAGACUACUGUUUCUGUUGUAAUACCCACAACGGGUAAUAAUGAGUACUACCCUCUCUAUGCCUCAAUCUGCAAUGUACACAACAAUGUGCGACGUGCUCACCACAACACUCUUGUCAUCAUUGGCUUCCUUGCUAUACCCAAAACUGACAAGAAGAACACUGACGAUGAGGUGUUUCAGAUGUUUCACCGCCAACUGUACCACUCCUCAUUAUCCAUGAUUCUCCAAAGCCUAAAACCUGUAAUGACUAAGUAUGAGGUUGUACAUUGUGGAGAUGGUCAUUUUCGACGUGUCAUAUAUGGUAUAGGACCCUACAUAGCAGACUACAAGGAACAAGUGGUACUAGGCUGUAUCAUCCAAAACUGGUGCCCAAAAUGUCUCGCAAUCCAAACAAACCUUGACAGCAGUGGUUUAUACCACUGUCAUGAGCAUGCAGAUUUAGUAUUGUGGGAUGAAUUUGUUAUGAUUGGCAAUCUCGUUCCAUUCACAAAUGACUUUCCCCGAGCUGAUAUAUAUGAACUGUUGUCACCUGAUGUUCUCCAUCAACUCAUCAAAGGCACUUUUAAGGACCAUCUUGUUGACUGGGUACUAAAGUGCCUCAAGCUUAUCCAUGGAACUAGACAGGCAGAAGAAAUUAUGAGUGAUACAGAUCACAGAGUUGCUGCUGUGGUGUCGUUCUCUGGUUUACAAUGGUUUCCUCAAGGUCGCAACUUCAAGCAAUGGACAGGCAACGAUUCUAAGGCGCUCAUGAAGGUAUUUAUUUCAGCUAUUGAAGACCACAUACAUGAAGAUAUCAUAUGUUGUUUUCAUGCACUCUUAGAAUUUUGUUAUCUUGUGCAGUGCAAUGUCAUUACUGAAGAUACCCUGAAUCAGAUUAAGGAUGCACUAACUUGUUUUCACCGCCAGUUAUUUCUCGACUUAGGCAUCAUUUCCACUCUCUCACUCCCCUGCCAGCACUCAAUGUCCCAUUAUGCAGACAUGAUCCGACUUUUUGGUUCCCCAAAUGGAUUAUGUUCCUCAAUCAUGGAAUCAAAGCAUAUCAAAGCACACAAUGCUCUUGGUCAGAUGCUCAUGUCCAAUCAAUGCCUUGACAAGCUUGCAGCAUCCCAUGUAGACUUCAGUGCACAAGGGAUGCUUGCUGGCACUGUAUUAUCAAAUGCUAUAGAUGAUCUCAAACGAAAAUGGGCACAGACAGUAAUUGCCUUAGCAGAUGAAGUUGCUGCUACUUGCCCUCAGCAUGAAGGCAGCCUCAAGAACCUUUAUCAACGCAAUGAUUGCAUGUUCGUCAACAUUAAUCCAGAUGUCGAAGGAAUGCAAGGACUCAAAGUUGCGAGAGUCCUGUGCUUCUUUUCAUUUAAACACAACUGGAUCGAGUAUCCUUGUGCUCUCGUCCAGUGGUUUGACAAACUUGGUGACUGUGCAGAUGAAGAUACUGGCAUGUGGAUGGUGCAACUGAGCGUUCGUGAAGAUGGCUCCCAGAACCUUGCUGUCAUCCACAUUGACACGGUGUAG